AUGUCAAAUCUAAUCGAGUCAAGGGUUUCCAACGAAGACAAACCAGUAACCAAGGCACCAAAACUCCACGAAUCUUCAUCCCCAUCCCCUCCUUUUACUCCUGAAGCUGAUCAGAAAUCCUUCGGGAAAUCGUCACCCGACCAAGAUACCGAAGAUGCAUCCGAUGAUGAUGAGGAGGAGGAGGAGGAGGAGGAUACAGACGUAUCAGAAGGUGACGAGGUUGAUGGUAACAUCGAAAUAGACUAUGACGACGGUACGCUCCAACUAGAUGAUGACGAGAGCGGCGAGGAGGAGGAGGCGGAGGAAGGCGGCGGCGGCGUCAAGCACAAAAAGAAAAAGAAGAAUAAUUCAAGACUUAGGUAUUAUGUUCCGGGGGAGGGAAGGAUGAAAACGGAACUGAUGUAUAUAUUUGGACCUCAACGGGACGGAUAA